AUGAUUUGGUAUUUUCUUCUUUCUCUACACUUUGUCGUUGAAAUUGUUGGUGUACUGUCACAUUUGAUUUUUCUACAGUUGGUGGUGUUUCGAGGGAUUAUGGAUGUGUAUUGCAGAAUAAGUCUCGGUAUGAUAUCCAUCUCUAUGAUUGUUAUGCUUGUCUCUUAUCUCGUGGAAACCCUUGUCUGCUUAUCAAUCGGCACAAUCUAUGAAGAUGCUCAGUGUGCAGAGCUUCCCCUGAAAACCAUCUUGCUGUGUAUUCAUAGAUAUGCAGAGGCAUUUUCCCUAGCCGCUCAGAUGUUUUUCACAAUUGAGCGUGUCUUGUCUAUCCAGUUCGAGCAUAUCCAUAGAUCCAUAUUUUUCAAGAUUUUUUUCAUUGCGGGAUUUCUGUUCUCCAAUUUCACAGGUCUGGCUUAUGUGUAUACAAGUGCUAUAAAAGGGGAGUACGGUACGUUCUGGCUCAUCGCCUUCCAGCUAUUCGUCAUUGCCAAUUUUCCGUUUGUUCUUUACGCCAAAAAGAUUAGCACCGUGAAAUAUAAAGCUGACGUGAGAACAUACUCGUUGAAGAGAAAACAUAAUCUUUACAACUCAUACGAAAUCGCACGAAGUUUUUUGUAUGCCGCUGCGAUCUACAUGAUCUCCCAGUUGGCGUGUUUCGGAUUGCUAUGGGCAUUCCAGUUUGGACUUUUGUUUGAUGGGAACCGCGCGUACUUUCCCAGGCUCUUUUUUGUUAUUUCCUUGAUCUGGCACGCAAAUCUCACUACCUUCCCAUGGAUUGUGAUGCUGAUUCACCGGAGUCAGAGGGAGCGAAUUUAUAAAGUUUGGAUGCAGAUGUUUCCUGAAACCAAAUCUCCAGCGAAAAUUCUCGGAAUGAAUGGAAAAGAGCUUGUGGCCACACCAACUCAGAAUGAUUAUUUCGACCAACUUCAGCAGUCGUGGAAGUGA